AGUUCAGAUAUUCGGAUUGGCGCGAGAAAACAUACUUAGUUAUUGGACUUCUACUUGCCGUUGGGGUUGGCAUUUCUGGACCUUCUAACAUACUUGUUUUUCGGCAACUGGUUAACGUUUUCUCCCAACCGGACCCAAAUCGACCGUUCUCCGCAAAAGAUGUCAAUCCUAAUAUAAUAUGGUUUGCAAUCUUGGGGACUAUAGUACUGGCUGCAGCAUUUACGCAGACGGCGGUGAUCGAGAUUGCAGCGAAACGUCAACUCAGGCGAAUUAGGCUACUAUAUUUCAGGGCAAUCCUGAGGCAAGAUGUAUCCUGGUUUGAUGCACAGUCCACAGGUGCACUCAUAAGCAUGCUAUCUCAGAAUACUGAACAGAUCGAAACAGGCAUAGGACCCAAGCUGAGCGAAUUCACGCAGAACAUUUCUGGAUUCGUUGCUGGUAUCGUGAUUGCCUUUUCAAUAAACUGGAAGCAAACACUGGUGGCUUGUGCCUUGUUACCAUUGGUUGUGGUGGCAUUCUCCUUGUUCGGUGUUCUAAUGAAAUACUUUACGGUGAAAGAAUUACAGGCCUAUUCUAGUGCCGGUUCGAUUGCGGGCGAGGUUUUGGCUGCGAUUCGGACAGUGGUUGCAUUUGGCGGUGAAGAAAAGGAACUGAACCGAUACGCUACACACGAGUACAAAGCUGAAUCUGUUGGGAUAAAGAAAAGUACAGCAAUGGGUGGCGUUGGUGGAUCUAUUACAUUUUCCGUCUACUGCUCUGCGGCUCUCAUAUUUUGGUACGGAAUCAAGCUUAUCAAUGAAAAUGAGACCGACGCUGGAAGUGUCGUUCUAGUCUUCAUCAAUGUUAUCAUGGGAAGCAUAUAUCUGGGUAACGCACUACCGUGUUUCCAGUUUUUCGUCAAUGCCCGAUCCGCUGCUCAGGUGGUAUUUGGAACGAUUGAACGCGACCCUCCAAUUGACAAGGACAAACCGGGAUUGAAGUUGCCGAACUUCGUUGGGAACAUCACGUUUACUGACAUCGACUUUUCCUAUCCCAGACGUCCAGACAUUCAGAUUCUCAAAAAGUUCAACCUCAGUCUGGAGAGCGGGAAAACUGUGGCACUUGUUGGUCCAAGUGGUUCUGGCAAAAGCACGAUUAUUCAACUCCUACUGAGAUUCUACGAUCCGACAUCGGGUGUUAUCAAAGUCGAAGGCACUGACAUUCGUCAACUGGACUUGAAGGCCUUUCGAGCACAGAUGGGAUGUGUUCAGCAAGAGCCAAUUUUGUUCGAAGGCACAGUGAGUGAGAAUAUUCGCCUGGGUAAAAUGGAUGCAACACAGGAGGAAAUUGAAGAGGCCGCGAAGGCGGCAAACGCACAUGACUUCAUCCUGCAGCUGCCUAAUGGUUAUGAAACAAAGCUUGCAGAGCGUGGGGGUGGAAUGUCUGGAGGACAAAAACAGCGCAUCGCCAUUGCACGUGCUCUGAUUAGUAAACCAAAGUUGUUGUUACUGGAUGAGGCAACCUCGGCAUUAGACACACGAUCCGAAAGGAUUGUCCAAGAGGCGCUUGAAAGGGCCUCAACUGGGCGUACAUGUGUGGUUGUCGCUCACAGACUCUCCACCAUUCGCAAUGCGGAUUUGAUUUUGGUGUUGAAGAAUGGAGUUAUUUGGGAAUCAGGCAACCAUGAUGAACUGGUGGCAAAGAAUGGCCUAUACGCAACCAUGUUAAGCAAUCAAAAACAAAGUGAUAAGGUUGCCGAAAUAGAGGGAGACAGUGAGGAUGAACAGGCAGUAGAUGGUGCACCGGAAACUGAGAAGAAAUUGAAAUUCCAAGACGACAAUGUAUGGCAGCUGGAUGCAGAUAAUGAGUCUAUCUCAGAAAGCAUGGCUUCUGCACUAAACUUCCGCCAAAGGAGGAGCUUAGUGUCACAACAAAUGCGUGAAAAGUUCCAGAAAAUCCGUCAUUCGCCAAUCGCAAGGUUGCUAAAAUUGAACAGACCGGAGCUCCUUCAUAUCAUACUGGGAUGCAUCUGUUGUGUGAUCAGUGGAGGCGUACAACCUGCAUUUGCGAUUCUCUACUCCCAGCUUUUUGAUAUAUUCAGGCAGAUUUCACUGGGGCAAGGAAAUCAGGAUCUGAUCAAUAUAAUCGUUGGAAUGAUGGCUCUCUUGGGAUUUAUAGCGUUCCUCGCCGGUCUCGGUCAAGAAAUGGGCUGGUUCGAUCUACCAGAGAAUCAGGCCGGUGCGCUCACAGCCAAACUUGCGGUAGACGUAUCGAAGGUGAAGGGCAUCUCCGGAUCCCAACUCGGUGCAUUACUACAGGCAAUCGUUUUACUGGUAACUUCCCUGGUUGUGGGGCUGGUGUACAGUUGGCAGCUGACUUUGUUGUUUUUGUUAUUCUUUCCGCUGCUUGUGAUAGCUGGGAUGUUCCAAAUUCGUAAUGCAGCCGGGAUGAAACGAAGUGUCGAUGAAACAGCAGUAAUGCGGAUUGCUCAGGAAGCCAUCAGUAGCGGCCGAACCAUUUUUGCCUUGAACUUGGAGGACUAUUUUAGCGAACGAUAUCAACGAGUCAUGGCUGGCGAUUACAAGAUCGUCAUUAAAAACUGCCUCCUCUCUGCAUUGGUCUAUGCCCUGAGUCAAUCAAUUUCAAUGUUCGCUUUCUCCGCGGUAUUCAGUCUUGGUGCUUACUUGGUCGAAAAAGAGACAAUAGACGUUUUGGCUCUGUUUCGCACAUUUUCAGUCUUAAACAUGGGAGCACAGUCUCUUGGACGAAGUACCUCCUUUGGACCUGAAGCCAAAAAAGCGCUUAAGUCAGCACGGGGGAUUUUGAGUACGAUUGAUCGGAUAUCACGAAUUCCGAGAAACGUGGGUCUCGUCCCGGACGUGCCAUUCACGGGAAGAUUGUGCUUCAAUCAUCUCUAUUUCCGCUAUCCUACUCGCAAGGGAUUGCGCAUUCUACGAAACUUCUCACACAUUGUUGAGCCUUGCCAGGCAGUUGCUCUUGUGGGCCAAUCGGGAUGCGGGAAAUCCACAAUCCUGCAACUACUCCAACGCUUCUAUGACCCGUCUAAUCAUGGUCCCGAGAGUGGCGUGUUCUUCGACGGCUGGAAUCUGCGUGAUUUGGCACCUAGUUGGAUUCGUGCUCAAAUCGGCGUUGUCUCUCAGGAACCGAACUUGUUCAACCUGACUCUAGAGGAGAACAUUGCUUACGGAGACAACACCAGAAAAGUUCCCAUGGAAGAGAUUAUAGCCGCCGCGAAGAAAGCUAAUAUACACGAUUUUGUAAUGUCGCUACCACAGGGAUAUCAAACCAUGGCUGGGGAACGUGGAUCUCAGCUAUCUGGAGGGCAAAAACAACGAAUUGCUAUUGCUCGGGCCCUAGUACGUCAGCCGAAGUUGCUCCUUCUGGAUGAGGCCACCUCCGCCUUGGAUACUGAGAGCGAACGUAUUGUACAGUCAGCCUUGGAUGAGGCCAUGGGAUCCAGGACUUCAGUGAUUGUUGCUCAUCGUCUGUCGACAGUUAUGAAAUCGGACUUAAUUGUGGUGCUAGCAGAAGGACGCAAGAUCGAGACGGGUCCGCCAGAAACACUUCUUAAUUUGAAGGGAGCAUUCUACGCGUUGCAUAGUGCCGAGCAAAACCACUAA